UUUUUUCGAAGAUUAUUUUUUCUUUCUUCUUAUCUUUUUUGCUACUUUAUUCCUUGCUAUGUAUUAAUUUUUUGUAAAGAAAAAUUUUUUUGGUCAUAUUUAAUGUGUAAUAUUAAUGUUAUAUUUUUAUUAAAACAAACGCGGUGAACGUGUGUGUGUAUAUAUAUAUGUAUAUAUGUAUGUGUGUAUAUAUAUAUAUAUUUUGUAGAUAUAUAUAUAUGUAUAUGUAUAUAUAUAGAGAGAGAGAGGUUCCUCCUUUAUUGAAUUUGAUCUUUAAAAUAAAUGAAUAUUUUUUUAAGAUUACAUUUAGAAGAUCUCAUUAAAUUUUUAUAUUAUCUUUAAAUUUAGUUAUAUACGUAGUCAAUAAAUAUCCUGAAGAAAUAUAAAUACUUUUCUUAGAUGAGAAUAUUACAGUUGAAUGAUGAAAUUAAUUGCGAAAUACUGAUUAUCAAAGAAUACUGAAAACAUGACUCUGGUAUUCAUUGAAAAAAGUAAAAUUCUUAUCUAACCCCUUGGGGUCGAUAGUUUAUAGGGGCAUUGACAAUAAUCUGAAAAAAGACUAUAGGGGGUCCAGAAUGCAUGUCCAAAGAUGAUAUUAAUAUUUACUUCAUAUUUCUUACAAUGUAUAUCAACACUUGCUAAACUCGUAAACAUAUUGCUAUGUGAAAUUUAUAACAAAUAGAAAGAGAAUAUUAUUAUGAUAAUAUAAAUUUAUAUAUGAUACAUUUAAAUAUGAAUAUAAGAAUGUCUCAUGAUACACAAAGUGAUAGUUGUUCUCGUGCAAUAUCAUGUCUUUCAAUAAAUGAUGUACCAAAAAUGCUCACUUCUAAAGAUGAAGCUAAAAAUAAAGAAACCUCUGGACUCACGCAUGAGUGUGGUGUUUUUGGGUGUAUUGCUGCUGGAGAUUGGCCAUCACAAAUUGAUGUAAGCCAAGUAAUAUGUCUCGGUUUAAUUGCUCUACAACAUAGAGGUCAAGAAAGUGCUGGAAUUGUUACGAGUCAGGGUAUCUGUUCAAAAUCAUUCUGUGUUCACAAGGGUAUGGGAAUGAUUAAUAACAUCUUCAAUGAUGAAAGCAUGAAGAAACUUAAAGGCAACUUAGGAAUAGGUCAUACUAGAUAUAGUACUAGUGCAGCUAGCGAAGAAGUCAAUUGCCAACCUUUUGUAGUUCAUACAGCACAUGGUGCCUUAGCAGUUGCUCAUAAUGGAGAACUUGUAAAUACAGAAUCACUAAGGAAAAUGGUAUUAGGCCGUGGGGUUGGUCUUUCAACUUAUUCAGAUUCUGAACUGAUAACACAAGCUUUAUGUUUGAAUCCCCCCGAAGGUGAAGUUAAUGGUCCAGAUUGGCCAGCACGUAUCAAGCAUCUCAUGCAAUUAGCACCAUUAUCUUAUUCCUUAGUGAUCAUGCAAAGAGAUAAAAUUUAUGGUGUUAGAGACCCAUAUGGAAAUAGACCUUUGUGUUUGGGAAAAAUAGUACCCAUUGGCAAGCUCGCAGGAGAUGAUUCAGACGAUGACGACGAGGCCGAAGGUUGGGUAAUCUCGUCAGAAUCUUGUGGUUUCUUAAGCAUUGGUGCAAGAUACGUUCGAGAAGUUUUCCCAGGUGAAAUUGUAGAAUUAACUCGCGAAGGUAUUAAAACGAUUGACAUUGUAGAGAGACCAGAUAAUAAGCCACAAGCAUUCUGCAUAUUUGAAUAUGUUUACUUUGCACGAAGUGACAGUAUUUUUGAAGGACAAAUGGUAUAUUCGGUUCGUAUGCAAUGUGGUCGUGUAUUAGCAAUAGAAUCUCCAGUAGAUGCAGACAUAGUUAGUUCUGUACCAGAAUCUGGUACAGCAGCAGCACAUGGUUAUGCUAGACAGUCCCAAAUACCGUUCGCCGAAGUAUUAUGUAAAAAUAGAUAUGUUGGUAGAACAUUCAUUCAACCUAGUACACGAUUAAGACAAUUAGGAGUUGCUAAAAAAUUUGGAGCUUUAUCUGAAAAUGUAAAGGGAAAGAAACUGAUUCUCAUUGAUGAUUCUAUUGUCAGAGGAAACACAAUUGGACCUAUUAUAAAACUACUACGGGAUGCAGGAGCAAAAGAAGUUCAUAUCAAAGUAGCAUCCCCUCCUUUAAAAUAUCCAUGCUAUAUGGGAAUAAACAUUCCAACAAGAGAAGAGUUAAUUGCGAAUAAACUGGACAAUGUAAAAUUAGCCAAAUAUGUUGGUGCUGAUAGUUUAACAUACCUUUCUGUCGAAGGGCUUAUUCAAGCUGUUAGACAUGGUAUGGAUAAUAAAGAAAGCAGUUAUAUUGGUCACUGCACUGCUUGUUUGACAGGAGAAUAUCCAGAUGAACUACCUGGUGACUUAGAUUGGUGAAGAACGUGAACGAUUCAUAGUUUCACAAAGAAGAAACUGGAUCCUCUUCUCCAAUGCAAACUUCAAUCUAUUUUUCCUAAUUACCAGCAAGAAUAUUAUAUAAUUUUUAAGUUUAUUGGCUAGAUUUAUUGGCUAUAUGUAUUGAUAAAAUGUAUAUAGCCAUUUUGUUAUUCUAAGCUGGUCAGCUAGUUCAGUGCAGUAUUUUAUAUUUAACAAUAUAAUUUAAUUGUGUUUAUAAUCUAUAUAUAAAAUAAUUUUUCUUGGAUGGAAAGAUCAAUCUCAACAGUA